AGCGUAUGAAAUGUGCGUUGUUGUUGCUCGUUUCGUUCUAUCGGCCACUUAACAUUUCUGUUUCUUCAUUUUUUACCAUAUAAUACAGUCACAUGCGCAUCUUUGUGUGGACGGCAUAAUGAUAAUCCGAUAUGUCGUGUGGUGUUGUUGUGUGAAUAGUAGACUUUUGUUUAUGCUUUAGUGUUGAGAAUUAAAAUGUGACUCGCACAAAAAUGAUAAUACCAGCCAGUUUUAUUCAUUUCGAUCGCGUACAAGUUGACAUCACAACCUUAACAAAUCUGGAUGUGAUUGUUUAUUUGUUCAAUAAUUUCCAAUUUAUUUUUCAUUUCGUUUGUGCUGCCUACCUUUAAUAACAUUUCGUUUUUUUUUUAUUUCGAUUUGAUAGAAUAUAUUUUUUGGAUUUAAGUACAAAUCGCAUUGUGUAUAAGUUUAAAAAUUUACAUGUUUUACUAAAUACAUUAUUAUAGUGCAAUGAAAAAUAGUAUAAUUUUGUCCAUUGUUCUGUUGCUCUAUGCUGGUGCCAUUGUAAAAGGUCAAGAAUCUGGUUGUGAUGCGAUUCUUUCGUGGCAAUGCAAGAAUGGUGAAUGUAUCGGCAUCGGUGAACGUUGUAACGGUAUGGCCGAUUGUACAGAUGGUAGCGAUGAAACGGUACGCGAAUGCAUUUCAUUUCAAUGCAGCGGUGAUAAGUUUCGAUGUACCUAUGGUGCGUGUGUAAACCGAACAGCCGAAUGUGAUGGUGCCAAAGAUUGUCACGAUAAUUCAGACGAACUCACCGAGAAAUGUCUAGUCAACAAUGACGAAAGAUUACGCGGAAAAUGUUCAGCUGAACAAUUUCAAUGCCGGUCAGGUGAAUGCAUUCCACUUGACGACUUGUGCGACGGAAAAAAAGAAUGUCAAGACUCGUCGGAUGAAUCGGUAGAGUAUUGUGCAACAAAAUGUUGUCCACCAUUUGGAUUUAGGUGUGGAUAUGGCGCAUGUGUUGAUGAAAAAUCACGAUGUGACGGAAAUAUUGAUUGCUUGGACGAAUCCGACGAAAACUAUCUAUUAUGCGGUUAUCCUGAGAGCGGAAGACCUCAACCGACAACAACUACAAGCACAACCAUUCGACCUGCUCUUGAUCCAAAUAAAAUUUACUUUACAAAUCCAUUCGAUGAUGUUCCAAAAGAUGCAUGUCGUAUCACAACAGUACCGCGUAACGGUUGGAUUGAGUAUGCAUCAGAGCCGAGAGACAAAUUAUCACCUGGAGAGUUUGUUAAUUCGGUCACAACUGUUAACUACAAGUGUCUUGAAAACCAUAUCAUUGAAGGUUCCACGGCAAAUUUCUGUUUCCAAGGCCAUUGGAGAACUGAAACUCCCGACUGUAAACCAAGAUGCAGUACAAAGGCUAUAACAGGUGUUUCGAUUGUUGCAACUAGUUGUUUCUUGAAUGACGUUGAGGUGCGUUGCUCUGAGCCCGCUGAACCGGGUACAAUAGCCCGUGUUAAUUGCCGUGAUCGUUACGAACGCCAAUCAGCCGCAAAACAACAAAUCAUUUCCUGUGGCGAUGAUGGAAUUUGGUCACCAUUGCCCGAAACUUGUUCGCCAAUUUGCGGUGAAGAAGCACCAGAAGGUACACCAUACGUAGUCGGAGGUUUUCAAGCGUCAAUCAAUGAAGUUCCAUGGCAUGCCGGAAUUUAUAAAUUCAAUGGAAGAACUUAUAGUUUACAAUGUGGUGGCACAAUCCUUAAUGCUCGUGUUGUUAUAUCGGCCAUGCAUUGUUUCUGGGAUCCAAGUGAAAAUAAACCAUUCGAUCCAUCACUAUUCCGUAUAGGCGUUGGCAAAGAGAAGCUUGAUUAUGAUGCAAUCGAAAAGCAACAAGAGCAAAAAUUCGAAGUGGAACGCAUUUUUCAUGACCCCGGUUAUAAUCAUGCAACAGGCAACUUUGCUGCUGACAUUGUUUUAAUUGUGUUGAAAACAACGAUUGAAUUUAAAUCGUAUGUGACACCAAUUUGCAUUCCAUAUGGAUUGAAAUUUGAUGACCUUGUUGUGCCGGCUGGAUGGAAAGGAAGAGUCGCCGGGUGGGGCAAAACAUCAAGUGGGGGUGCACCAAGCGAAUUCUUAAAAAUUGUCGAAUUACCAACUAUUGAUCGUAAUCAAUGUAUUCGAGAAUCAGACAUUGGAUUCCGUCCACAAAUUACACCCGAUAAGUUUUGUGCCGGUCUUUUAAAUUCGAACGUUAGCGUAUGUCAAGGUGACAGUGGUGGCGGCUUAGUAUUUCCAUCAACUGAAAAUAAUCGCAAAAAAUGGUAUAUUCGUGGUAUUGUAAGCACAGGAGCAAAUAAACAAGAUAGUUGUGACAGUGACAAGUAUGCCACUUUCACUAAUGUUGCAUACUAUGAGCCAUUGAUUUCAACCUAUGAGCCACGCUACCGUCCACGAUAGUGUGUAUUCACAGCGACGAUAUUUUUUUGGACGACGAUGAUAUGUAGAAUACUCUUAAUUAGCUCUGAAAAAAAUCUUCAUGUGACUAAAAUCACUUAUGUGAAUAGAGAAUAGAGAACCAAAAAAAAACUGAAUUUGGAAUAAAAAAUGAAGAAAAGUUGAACUUA